GGGGGGGGGGGGGGGAGGGCAUACAGUAAUGAAUGUAUACGAUUUGAGGCUGUAGAGCAAAUUUUGAGCGAAAACGGAAGUAGGCCGCAGUGUACUCUCUUAAGUCAUGCGUGAGUUUCCGCCCCCCUUCCCCGUUACUCUGCCCAAUGAGUGGAGCCGGCAUAGCAUCCUCCAGGGCCGAUGGAGUUCGCGGGAAACCGGCUGUAGUCGAGAUACAAAAGCGUAACUGGACCCCGAAUUACACAACCGUCUUUUAUACAAAAUCAAUGUGUCAUUAAUCGACCUGUUUUAAACCGCCACGGUUAAAAACCGAGUAGUGACACCGCUUCAAAACCGCCGUGUGUCGAGGACCGCUGCCCCGGCUGCCAUGCUAGCGUCGGACGUGUGCUAGCUAGGUUGUCUCAUUGGCUAACGGGAACAUUGUGCUUGAUGCGACAGGACGGAGAGGAUACUGCUGACUGGAGAGGGACAAAGGGCUGCCACUGUCAGACACGAACACAUCGUUAACAUGUUCAACUUGGACCGUUUUCGUUUUGACAAUAAGACAGCAACGACCACAGAUAAAGACCAGGACAGCGGGUCCAAAAGUCCGGAGUCUGAGAAGGAGAACAAGCCAGCUCAAAUGAAACCGGUCAAAGCCACACCGAAGUCCCAUGCCCGAGGAGUGAUUUUUGAGGAAGUCCUUACAAUUGACUUGGAGGAAGAUGAGCUCCUCUCUGAAACAAUGGCCAAAACACCAUUAACCAAGAAGUCCAAGAAUCCCAUAGGGAAGUCAUCCAAAAAUGAGGCAUCGGAUCACACGGAUGACGAGGACAACGAAAUGGAUGAGAAGAUGAACGUUAUACUGGAGAUGUUUCCUCAGUUGACAAGGACGGAGCUGCUGGAGGUCAUUGGGUCCACCAGCACAUUGGAUGGUGCUGUUGCUGCAUGCCUUUUAAAGUUUGGUGAUAAAGAAGCCCCAGACCAAGGCAGGAAGAGGAAGCAGGAUGGAUCGAGCAGUUCCCAGGACAGUGGUGAGGUUCAAACCAGCAAGAGGAGCAAGACAAUAGUGAUUUCUGAUGAGAACAACAGCGAGCCGAGCUGGGAGAAGCAGGAAGCCAUGGUCCGAAAGCUGCAGAAAAAGUUUCCCGACCAGGACAAGGAGGAGCUGAGGAUGGUGCUGCAGGAACACGACUGGAACGUUGAGGAUGCUCUGCAGGUUCUACAAAUGUUCUCAGACCCAGAUGACACCAGUUUCAGCCCACCUGAAACAGAAGAAAAGCAAUCGAAGAGUAAAGACGAGUCAAGCCCGGACCACAGGAAGUUGAAGCACCACAAAGAUCACAGAGACAGUGAAAGUAGGAGAAAUGGAAAGGACCACAGAAAUAUGAGUGGAACAGAGGAGGAGAGUGAAGAUGACACGGACACUACAAAGGACAGUGAAGAUUCAGACUCAGAACCCCAUGAAGGUGCAAAAAACAGAAGUAGCCCUCCCACUUUGUCUACAUGGCUUAAACAAAGUUCUGACUCGGUAUCCUCAGCCUCUUCUGUCAAAAAAACAACUACCUCUUCCUCCCUGAAGCCAUCCUCCUCCUCUUCCUCCACUGCUCAGAUGCUGUCCAGAUUUGCCAGUGGGACCAGUAUAGCUAAGAAGCAGGCAGUCGAGAGGAAGAUGAAGGCACUUGCCUCAAACGAACAUGUCAGUUCUGAAGAGGAAAAUGACGCGGAAGAGGAAGCGGUGAGCAGUGAAUUUGAGGACUCCGACGAAGAGCUGGAUUCUAAAGGCGGCAUGACGGAUCUGAAGAAAGAGAUGCUCAAUUUCUUCCGGGAUGCGUCGAUCGAUGAGCUGUCGCUAAUUGCUGGGUGCUCUGUUAAAAAGGCCCAGAAGAUUCUGGAACUGAGGCCCUUUGAAUCCUGGCAAAGCCUGGUUGAGCUCUUCGUUAAGGCCAAUGGGUUGUCGGAGUCUUUACUGCUGGGCUGCAAAGUCGUCCUCAAAGAGCGGAAGGUCGUCCUGGGGCUGAUGUCCCGAUGUAAAACCAUUUCCUCAAAAAUGGUCAAACAGGUCACUGAGGUGAUGGAGAGUGGCACAGGGGCCAUGAAACAGCCCAUCCUGCUCAACAGCCAAAACCAGCUGAAACCCUAUCAGCUGAUUGGUCUAAAGUGGCUGCUGCUUCUGAAUGAGCACAAACUAAGUGGCAUCCUCGCUGAUGAAAUGGGUUUGGGGAAAACUAUCCAGGCUAUAGCGUUUCUGGCCCAGCUUUACGAGAACGGAAUAGACGGUCCUCACCUCAUCACGGUUCCGGCCUCCACAUUGGAUAACUGGGUCAGAGAGCUGAAGCUGUGGUGCCCCACCCUCAAAGUUCUCGUCUAUUGUGGAUCUGUGGAGGACCGCCGCUACCUCAGACACGACCUACUCAAUAAUGAUACUGAUUGCAACGUCAUUGUGACCACCUAUAACAUGGCCAUCGGAAACGAAAGCGACCGCAGCCUUUUCCGUAAGCUGCCUCUGAAGUAUGCUGUGUUUGAUGAAGGUCACAUGCUGAAGAACAUGAACUCUCUGCGCUACCGCCACCUCAUGGCUAUUAACGCAGAGCAUCGCUUGCUGCUGACAGGAACUCCUUUACAGAACAACCUCUUGGAGCUGAUGUCUCUCCUGAACUUCAUCAUGCCUUCUAUGUUCUCCAGCUCCACUACUCAGCUUUCCAAAAUGUUUUCUAUGAAAUCCCAUGAGGAGCAGAGCCGCUUUGAGAGGGAUCGUAUUUCUCAGGCCAAACUCAUCAUGAAACCUUUUAUCCUCAGAAGAGUCAAGAGUGAGGUCCUCAAGCAGCUGCCAGCCAAGGAAGAUACGGUUGAGUCCUGUCCAAUGAGUGAGAAACAGCAGGCUCUCUACCAGACCCUCUUUAACCAACUCAAGGCUUCUACGAGUGGCGAGAAACGUGAGUUGUGUAAUGUGAUGAUGCAGUUGAGGAAGAUGGCCAACCACCCGCUGCUUCAUAGACAGUACUACACCACCGAAAAGCUCAAAGCCAUGAGCAAACUCAUGCUCAAGGAGCCAACUCACUUUGACGCAGACGCAACUCUGAUCCAGGAGGACAUGGAAGUGAUGUCAGACUUUGAGCUCAACCGUCUGUGCCAGCAGUACUCCUCCAUCAGCUCCUACCAGCUAGAAAAGAAUCUCCUACUUGACUCUGGCAAAUUCCACCACCUCACGGAGCUGCUGGCCUCGCAUAAAAACAAGGGGGACCGAGUGGUGUUGUUCAGUCAGUUCACCAUGAUGCUGGACAUUGUGGAGGUGCUGAUGAAACAUCUGAAGCAUCGCUACGUCAGACUGGAUGGAUCUACGCCCAUCGCGGACAGGAUUGGGUUGAUUGAUGAGUACAACACGGAUGCUGACAUAUUUGUGUUCCUGUUGUCAACACGUGCUGGUGGCCUGGGCAUCAACCUCACCUCAGCCAACGUCGUCAUCCUACAUGACAUCGACUGCAAUCCCUACAACGACAAGCAGGCAGAGGACAGAUGUCACCGUGUCGGCCAGACCAAGAUUGUAAAGGUGAUCAAGCUGAUCAGUAAGGGCAGCAUAGAGGACUGCAUGCUGCAGCUGAGCCAGAAAAAACUGAAGCUGGAGCAGGACAUGACGGCUGCUGAAGGUGGUGAAGGAACCAUACCCGAAGACAUGGCGUCUUUGCUCAAAGCCUCACUGGGACUGUGAUCGGCAAACGUGAAACUUGACUGUACAAACACAUUGUUGAUGGCAUUCCUGUGAUUCUGUUUAGGCUUCAGUGUUGUGACCGAACACACACUUUUGUGUCUAUACUGGGAAAACUACUGGGAACCAAUACGCUGCCAUGGGGGAAAAAGUUCUGAUAUUGAGAUCUAACUUACUGUGUAGCAUGGUAGCUGUGCCUAAAACACUAUUUUUACAUGCACACAGUUUUUUUCUCCUACUUUGACGAGAUCAAAAUAUAAAUGUAGUGCGCUCCACAUGUUACAGAAGGAUUCUGUAGGCGCUCGAAAGAAAGUGGUUUAAAAGUUCAGAUAAAAGCGUCAGUAAUGCAGCAUGCAUUGGACAAAGGUCACUCAUUUAAGUUAACGCAUUCCAAUAAAGGUACUGUAUGCUGCGAAGGAGAGCGAUGGAGUGGUAGAUUUCUAUACCACCCUUCAUACCUGACGAGGUUGCAUUUUUCCUGAAGUGCUGCUCUUACUUUCCAGUGCUUAAACGAUACAGGAAUGUCCUCUGACGCCAGACCUGAUCAAACAUUGUUGACACUUGUGGUGAGAAAGUCAGCCACGUGUCUGACAGAUUGUUUUCUCUGGCAGUGUUAAGUGACGCCUUUCAUCCUGAUAUCAUAUUUUACAUGAAUUUUCUUUGCAAAGGCCGACCUUUCUAGACUGAACAUACAUGGUCGUGUGGGUGUAGUCGAUGAAAUCUAGUACACGGAAACCCCAGUUUUUCUUCAGUGUAAAACUACAAAAAACUCUUCUUUGCCGUUUCUACUCCUUUUAAAUCUCUUGAGAGGUUGAUGAAGCAGCUGCUGCAUUCGUACUGUAUAAGUGGCGUGUGUGUUCUAAGUGUACACGUGUUAAUGUUAAAGCUUUUACUAAGUCAUUUGUAUGUUUUUAAGGUUCCUGUUAGAACUAAAUAAUAAAAAUUGGAAUAAAA